UUAUCUGUAAUUUGUUUUGGUGAAAUUGCGCGCCGACGCGUUCUGAUUUUCGAUCUCGCUCAGUUAUUGAUAUUUAUUGCUUUUCAAGACCUUAUUCCACUUUUCUUCAAUGUAUAAAUUCGUAAAAUAAGCGAACUAUAGUAUUCAUUCGUGUUAAUUUAUUAUUGGAGUGUGUUUUUAUUUAAAACAAUAUUAUGUGAUAAUAUUAUUGUCUGUGUAGUGUGUAAUUCAUAUUGACACUUUAUCCGUGGUGCUACUGCUGUUUCUAGUUUUCUCAAACUAUAAGUUCUAAUUUAUUGCAAGCAAAAUGCAUCGACGUGGAGGGAAACGCAUCCGUAUGGAUGAUCCUCCACCCGAGUAUGUGAAUCCUAUGACUCCCGCCACUCCUAUGACUGAUUAUGGCGGACAAUCAGUGCAUGAACCUGAAGCUUCUCAUGUUAAUUAUUCUGGCUUUAAUGCGGGGGCGGUUGUUAACUCUACGGCAGUAGAAGCUCCUCGCGAGGAACAUGAGGAUCAUGAAGAAGAAGCCAGAUCACCGUCACCGGCGCCGACUAAGCGUAUUACACGUAGUCGCGGUCGUGGUGGUGAUGGAGGCUAUGUUGGGCGGUUAGCAGAGUCGCCGCCGCCUCCACCGCUUCGCCCGCGCCGUGGUCGCGGCGGUAGAGGCAGGGGCAGAGGCCGAGGUGCGCCGCCACCGCCAGCAUAUUCACCACCACCUGUAUUGUUACCUGGUGAUGAUGAAAACAGUCUAUACAACUUGUUGAGGUUCAAUAAAACAGCUAUCAAUCAAGUAGUAGACAUGUGGAUAGAAGAAUACAAAAACAGUAAGGAAAGUGCACUGGUGCAGCUGAUGCAGUUCUUCAUCAACUCAUCAGGGUGUAGAGGCAAGGUCACCCCCGACAUGGCACAGAUGGACCACACACUUAUUAUCAAGAAAAUGACGCAGGAGUUUGAUGAGGAAAGUGGCGAGUACCCGCUCAUAAUGUCAGGACAGACAUGGAAGAAGUUCCGCGCUAACUUCUGUGAGUUCAUUCAGACGCUUGUUAAGAUGUGCCAGUACAGCAUCAUCUAUGAUCAAUACCUCAUGGACAAUAUCAUCUCGCUCCUCACUGGAUUGUCUGAUUCACAAGUCAGAGCGUUCAGACACACAGCUACACUAGCAGUUAUGAAGUUAAUGACCGCACUCGUAGACGUCGCCUUACUAACAAGCGUGAAUUGCGACAACUGUCUACGUCAAUAUGAAGCUGAGCGUCUCAAAGCUCGUGACAAGCGAGCGAGUGAUCGUCUCGAAGUGCUGGUCGCUAAGAGGCAGGAGUUGGAGGAAAAUAUGGAGGAAAUAAAGAAUAUGCUCUCAUAUAUGUUUAAAUCUGUGUUCGUGCAUAGAUACAGGGAUACACUACCAGAUAUUCGCGCAAUAACAAUGUCCGAGAUAGGAAUAUGGAUGGAGAAGUUUCCUGCGCAUUUCUUGGAUGAUUUGUAUCUUAAAUACAUCGGUUGGACACUUCAUGAUAAAGUUGGCGAGGUGCGCUUACGUUGUCUGCAAGCACUACACCCACUUUAUGAGUGUGAAGAAUUAAAAAGCAAAUUGGAACUUUUCACGUCUAAAUUCAAAGACCGUAUUGUCUCUAUGACAUUGGAUAAGGAGAGUGAGGUUGCAGUACACGCUGUCAGACUGGUCAUCGCCAUACUCAAGAUGCACCCCGACGUGCUGACGGACAAGGACUGCGAGAACGUGUACGAGCUGGUGUACUCGUCGUGGCGCAACGUGGCGGCGGCCGCGGGCGAGUUCCUCAACUGGCGCCUGUUCCGCAGCGAGCCGCCCGCGCCGCCCGCGCGCUCGCGCCGCGGCAAGCAGCGCCUGCCCAACACGCCGCACGUGCGCGACCUCGUGCAGUUCUUCAUCGAGUCCGAGUUGCACGAGCACGGCGCGUACCUAGUAGACUCAUUAAUCGAGUCCAACCCAAUGAUGAAAGACUGGGAGUGCAUGUCAGACCUGCUGCUUGAAGAAGCCGGUCCCGGGGAAGAAGCCCUAGAUAACAGACAGGAGUCGUCGCUAAUUGAGCUGAUGGUGUGCUGUGUGCGUCAGGCAUCUACUGGGGAGCCGCCGGUUGGCAGAGGCCCUGUGAGGCGGCACCAUCAUAUGCUGUCUAAGGAACAGGCCAAGCAAGUGAGCGACGACCGCACGAAAAUGACGGCACACUUCAUGGUCUCCCUCCCAGCGCUGCUCGACAAGUUCAGCGCUGACCCAGAGAAACUAACCAACCUGCUCUCCAUACCGCAAUACUUUGACUUGGAGCUCUAUACAACUCAACGGCAAGAAGGGAACUUGACUCUUCUACUGAAUAAAAUAAAGGAUAUUGUCUCGGCUCACACAGAAGCAGAGGUGAUAGAAACGUGCGGCAGAACAUUGGAAGUGUUGUGUAGUGAACAGUGCGCGGUGUACACAAGGUGCAAUGUGGCCCGAGCCACUGUUACGGAUAUGUGCGUGAAUCGAUAUAAGGAGGCUAUCGAUGAUUAUAGGAGUCUUAUUGAAGGGGGUGAAACACCAGAUGCAGAUGAGGUGUUCAAUGUUGUUAACUCACUGCGCAAGGUAUCCAUAAUGUACAUGUGUCACAAUCUGAAUGAUACUAAUAUUUGGGACUCGCUUUUUGAAGAUCUACCCAAGUGCCUAAAAGAUAACGACUCGCAGAUGCCUACACAGGCGCUAGUAUACGUGGUCCGCUGCCUGUUCUACUCGCUACUGUGGUCGCUGCACGAGCUGGAGGAGCGCGGUGUGACGGCGGACGGCGUGGCCGCGCUGCGCGAGCGGCUGCACUCGUACGUGGCGCUCUGCAAGCAGAUCGUGGCGCUCGGCCGCGAGACCGAGCUGCGGCAGGAGGCGUACGUGAGCCUGUGCGACCUGCUGCUGUUCUUCGCGGAGCCGGCGACGCAGGGCCAGCCCGCGCUGCGGCCGCUCGUGCUGGAGCCCGACGCGCCGCUCGCCGACCUGCUCAACGCCGCCGUGCAGGACUUCGUCUUCACGCACCAGAGCUACGACGGUCAAGACGAGAGACGCAUAGAGGAGCUGCACAAGCGGCGCAACUUCCUCGCCGCGUACUGCAAGCUCAUUGUGUACAACGUGGCGCCCAUACGUCGCGCUGUCGACGUGUUCAAGCAUUAUAUUAAGUGCUACAAUGACUACGGUGACAUAAUAAAGGCGACGUUGAGUAAGGCGCGCGAGAUCAACAAGCUGAACUGCGCGCUCACCAUGGAGCUGGCGAUGCAGGCGCUGUUCACCGAACUGCGCAACAAACACCCCAACGUGCAGCGCAACAUGACCGAGUUCACUGAGAUCAAGGAGCUGGCGAAGCGGUUCUCGAUGAUGUUCGGCCUGGACGCGGUGAAGAACCGCGAGGCGCUGGUGGCGCUGCACCGCGCCGGCAUCGCCUUCGCCGCGCUCGAGCUGCAGCCGCACGUGCCGCCCCCCAACCUGCUGUUCCUGGAGCCGCUCGCCGAGUUCUGCGCCAAGCUGCUGCGCCAGGACAAGCGGCAGGUGCUCAAGUUCCUGGACAGCAAGUUCCCGGCGCAGUGGGCGGAGGAGUGGCCGGCGCUGCUGGCGUACCGCACGGCGCUGGCGACGGACGCGCCCGACGAGCGCGCGCCGCCCGCCCGCCGCCACUACGCGCGCAGGCACAAGGGCCAAACGGAAGAGGAGGAGGGCGAAGAAAACGCAGACUCGGAGCAGGAGGGUUCGAGCACGUCACGUGUGCUCCGCCGCUCACACCGCACGCGGCGCGCGUCCAGCGGCUCCAGCGCGACCGCCGCUCACACCGACGAGUCCAACGACGACCGCCCCAAGAAGAAGCCCAAACCCACGCGACUCGACAUGUCCUCGGAUAAUAACACGUCUAAUACUAAUUAAAUUUGUUGAUUUAUUAAAAAAUAUAGAAAAUUG